UCGGUGAAUAGAAUUUCAAUCAUCGUGGUUUUAUAUGUGAUUGACACGAAAAAUUCUGCGUUUGAUCGAUCAUUCACAACGGAAGUAUUGAUAUUCAGUUAUUCAUAAUAUAAAAUAACCAUGUCUAGUGAAACUCCGGUGCCUCCACCUGUUUUAUGGGCUCAACGCAAGGAAGAUGUCUUUCUCACAUUUAGCGUCGAGGCUAAAGAUCCAACUAUUAAAAUAGAAAAAGACUCUGUGUAUUUUAAAGGAGUCAAUGUGCAGGAUAACAAACCGCAUGAGGUAACCAUACCUUUAUACGAUGCUGUGGUUCCAGAAAAUAGCGCCUUUAUAAAUAAAGGCCGGUGCAUAGAAAUGGUGCUUCGUAAAGAAAAGAAGGAUGCUCCGUACUGGCCGUCACUCACAAAAGAUAAGAAAAAACCACACUAUCUCAAGGUAGAUUUCAACAAAUGGAGAGAUGAGGACGACGAGGACGAUGAGGGGGGUAACACUUAUGACAUAGAAGAGAUGUUGCGGUCGAUGGGAGGCGGCGGCGGUGCGGGCGACAAGCCCGAUAAACCUUCAUUCGACGACAUGGAGAGCGAUUCUGAUGAUGAAAACUUACCAGACCUUGAAUGAAAAUCCCAUUUUAGCAAUAAUACCUAUGUUUAACUCUGACAGUACAUUGUGGAUAUUUUAAGAUUUUUACAGUUACAAUAAAACAUAUACAAAACA